AAGAGCAGUGCGCAGGCCUGUAAUGUGAAGAUGAGGUGGUCAAGUUUAGCUCUUACCUUCAGCUUCCUUGCCGUUGUCCUGAGCCGGAAUGAGGAGGAACACCUUUUCAACGUUCUGAUGGCCGAUUAUAACCGCAAUUUUCGCCCUGCUGCAGACAAGGGGGACAUUGUAAAUGUUUCUCUAAAGGUUACCCUCACCAACCUGAUCUCCCUGAACGAGAUCGACGAGGCUCUCACCACGAACGUGUGGGUAGAGAUGAAAUGGAGAGAUUAUCGUCUGCAGUGGGACCCAGAGGAGUACGGCAACAUCAGCUGCUUACGGAUCCCUUCGAUCUUGAUCUGGCUGCCAGAUAUUGUCCUGGAGAACAACAUCGAUGGGAUCUUUGACGUCGCCUUGUACACCAAUGCGCUGGUGUUUCCUGAUGGUAGCAUCACUUGGUUGCCUCCAGCUAUUUAUCGGAGCGUCUGCUCCGUUUUCGUCACCUACUUCCCUUUUGAUUGGCAAAAUUGCUCCAUGGUGUUCCAGUCUCAGACCUACAAUGCCCUUGAAAUCAACCUCUUGCUGACUGUCGAAGAGGGAAAAACAAUUGAAUGGAUUUACAUUGAGUCCAACGCUUUCACAGAGAAUGGAGAGUGGGCGAUCAAACACCGGCCCGCCAAGAAAGUGGUGAAUGUCGAACGCUUCACGCCGAGUGACAUUGGGUACCAGCAAAUUGUCUUCUUCUUGAUCAUCCAGAGGAAGCCUCUGUUCUACAUCGUGAACAUCAUCAUCCCCUGCGUGCUCAUUUCCUCUGUGGCUCUGCUGGUGUACUUCCUGCCGGCCAAAGCUGGUGGGCAGAAGUGCACGGUCUCCAUCAACGUCCUCUUAGCCCAGACCGUCUUCCUUUUUCUGAUUGCAAAAAAGGUGCCAGAAACCUCUCAGGCGGUGCCCCUGAUUGGAAAGUAUUUAACCUUCCUCCUGGUGGUAACCAUCGCCAUUGUGGUGAACGCUGUGAUUGUCCUCAACGUUUCUCUGCGCACCCCCAAUACCCAUUCGAUGUCCGAGCGAGUCCGACAGGUCUUCCUGCACCUGGUGCCCCAUUACCUGGGCAUGCACAGGAGACGCUUCCCGCUUCCCGCCGAGAAUCGGCCUGCGCGACGACGGAGCUCCCUGGGGUUGAUAGCCAAAGCUGAGGAAUACAUGCUGUGGAAAGCCCGGAGUGAACUCCUGUUUGAGAGGCAGAAGGAACGAGACGGGCUGAUGAAGAUACUCCUGUCAAAAAUUGGAGAAGGCUUGGGGAACGGGGGUCCCCAGGACUUCUGCAACAGCCUACGCCACACGGCUCCGGAAAUCCAGUCCUGUGUGAAAGCCUGCAACCACAUCACCAAGACUUUGCGAGAGAAGAACAAUUUUGACAGCGAAAAUGAAGAAUGGAUCCUUGUAGGGAGAGUCAUUGACCGGGUCUGCUUCCUCAUCAUGGCCUCCGUUUUUAUCUUUGGCACCGUUGGGGUCUUCCUGAUGGCUCAGCUCAAUCAACCUCCAGGAAAACCUUUUGUGGGAGAUCCAAAGCGAUAUCUGCCUUAGAAGUGAGUCAGGAACUGGAUCCAGAUUUCAAGUCGAUCCUCUGCUUGGAGGAAUCUUGUACAGAGAACCAGGCUGCAGUGCAAGGCUUUGGGGGGGGGGGUCUAAACUUUAAACUCUGGACUUCGGCCAUCUUGCAGAAAUACACCUGUUUCUCCACCUCGGCAACUUGAAGAGGCGUGAAUGUCAAUUCCCAGAAUUCCCCCACAGCCUUGAUCAAGAGCCUUCGGCCCGCUCAAGAGCCAAACCUGCGUGAUUUGAAUGUCGUACACUACAUUGUAUGUAGUAUGUUUAAAUGCGUGUUGUAUAUGUGUACACUUUGAAAGCAAGCAACUGCAUUUCAUUUUUCAUCUGUGCCAUUGUGCCCACAGUAAAAAAAAAAAAAAAAAAACGACAAUAAAAGUUACGUAUCUAUUUGUGUUUGGGAUUUGUGUUAAAACUGUGUUUGUCAGUCUCGGUAACUCUAAACUCAAAACUUCCGAUGGGAAGAUUUGGACUGCCUUUCUGAAUGUUUGGUCACGCUCAAUUUGAUUGACUCA